UUCACCUGUGCAGGUGAGAGUGAGGUAUGUCAUUAGAAGGUAAACUGGUGAAGAGUGAUUGAAACACUGAGGCAAAGGGGAAAUUAAGUCUCAUAUACAGUUUUCUACAAACAUGUGCCCUUGAUGCUUUCAGUAUAGAUCUUUUUAAUUUCGCUUCAUCUUCCGAGAGCAGACAAAGCAGUCAGAGCAGCACUUGUACAGCGAACGGUCCAGGGAUGUCCACCACCUCUCAGAAGCACAGAGACUUCGUGGCUGAGCCCAUGGGGGAUAAACCGGUCACUGCUCUGUCGGGCAUCGGGGACGUUCUGGGGAAGAAGCUGACAGAGCAGGGCUUUGACAAAGCAUUUGUAGUGUUGGGUCAGUUCCUUUUGCUGAGGAAGGACUGUGAACUCUUCUCUGAGUGGCUGAAGGACACCAGCGGGGCAAAUUCGAGGCAAGCGGCCUCCUGUUCACAGUGUCUGGCUGAAUGGUGUGACGCUUUUCUCUGAAUCCGGUGGCAUUGUCCUUCCUUUCAGUAAUUUAAUUUCUUGUGUCAUCAAGGAACAGGUUAAACCUUUGAACAAACAUCAU